AAAGUCAGUCAGUUUUUUCGCGAUCGAGCAGCCAGUCGCAAUCGUAGCCACGACCACCAAGAAAACGGUCUUCGCGUUCGUCAUCAGCCAAAAGUGCAGAGAGGAGAAAAACGGCAAAGUGAAACUUUUUCCUGCUGGAAAUGGUGUUUUAGGUGCUCUUUACUGGUGAAUUCGUGCGAUUCCGUGUGCGGAGCGAUCGAAAUGUCCCGAAAAUCCACCUUCCGGAGCUAGGUGGACGCGAUUUGGACGGAAAAAUCGCCCGAAGAAAAGUGCGUGUCCGACUCUUUUUUUUAAGGUGUGGGGAGCAGCCAAAGAGUGAAAAUCCCGUAAUAUUUUUGGUGUGAAACGUCGACUUGUUUGCCUCCGCGCCCUCCUUAGCCCCGCUUCCAGAGUGGAGUUUUGCGCAAGAGAGCUCUCUUUGGGUUUAGUGUUCCUCGAAGAUGUAGGGAAGCCCUUCCAGUUUUAGGUCGAUUUUCGGAAUUCCGGCCAACAGUGUGGGAAGCUUCUUCGGAAACUGAUCCGGACGGAAGCCCCAGCGGAAGAUUGAGGGGGAGAGAGUAAAGAAAAACAGUGCAAAAUGUUUACCAAAAAGUCCAACAUCGAUCUGAAGAAGUCGACGGCCAAAAUCCAGGACAGCAAGAAAGAUUCCACGGCCAGGUUGCGCCACCUGAAAACGAUACUCGAGCACGUCGACAGCGAAGAGGCGAAGAAUCUGUUCGAAGCGAACUACAGCCAUGUCUAUUAUAUCCUUUACGACACGUUCGUCCAGGCCGAGGCCAAUCUUCGGCAGCGAGAACUAUCGUUCCACAUUGUUCACAAAACCCACCGGGAAGAACUGGACGGUUCCUUGUGGUUGUUGAGCAAGAUCCUGACCCUGUUGCCGGAAUUGAUCGCCCGGCGUUGGCAGGUGCACUCGUUAGGUCGUAUUCUGGCAAAACUGCUCCAUUAUGGAAACAGCGUCAAACUGCGACGGGAAGGUGUCCGGUAUUUCCUGCUAUGGUACCAAGCUCUCGGGGACAAUGCACCGCCCUUUGUUGAUGGCAUGUUCACAGAGUUGGUCCCCGGGCUGACCGUGCCGCAAAAGGGCAAAACGGGCCCUCUGUCGUCCGAUUCGGAGUACAUCGCCACCACGGACAUUCUGAACCAUCCGAACAUGAAGGGCGAACUUGGCGGAUCGGUAUUCCACGAUACCGGUGCACAUCCGGUAAAGUCACCGGAGAUUCAACCUUUGAUCCCUCCCAGCUCCAGCGAACGGACGGCGGCACCCGACCCGAGGGAUGGCCUAGAAAUCCUUCUGGACUGCAUGGUCCAGUCCAGUGGUUGUCUCAAAUGGCGGGACAACAAUCCCCAGAAACACAUCCGAACCCUAAACUUUUUGUUGACGAAGUUUCGGGAACAAUACCUUCCCGUAUUCUGCCCCAGCUUUGACUACUCCACCUCCAUCUACGAACCCAAGCUGGACCUGCCUGCCAUGCGAAACAUCUCCAAGCGUGAAGAGGUGAUGAGCUCCUGCAUUGUAGUGUUGGUGAUCUGGAUCGCUAAAUACACCCACGAACGACACGUUAGCUCCAAGCUGGACAACCUCCAGAUCGACGAGGAGGUCGUUGGAGAGAGUGCAUCACUCUUGUCCAAUCUGCGCCACAUGGGUUACACACAAACCCAGCUGGUUCGAGACGUGCUCUACUCCAGUCGGGAAACCAUCAACUUCGUUCACGAGAUCUAUCGGCAAGCUUUCCUGAUGUCCUUCACCUCCAAGAGUCAGAUCGAAGCCAUGCGGAUCGCGAUCUCCGUCUACCGGGAUUGGAUGAGUACGAUUCCUCCGCCACCGUUCCUCUUGGAGCCAGACACCAGCGAAGCGUCACUCUCCGGUAGUUCAGUAGACGUUCAACAACCCGGCGCCAGACCAACCAACCAACGACUUCGAACGGACUCCUAUCUGGGGGCAAUCUCCAAAGAAAACGUCAUCAUUCGGGCCGGUCUGCAGAACGUCUUGCAGGUUUUCGUGACCAAUGCGGUGAACGUGUUCAUGAUCAACACUGCCCACUUGAACAUCCACUUCCAGUCCAAGACCAACAGCGAUGGUUUCGCAACGCCGCUGGACGAACAGACCGACAUCUGCAAACGGGUGCUGAACAUCUACCGGACGAUGGUCAUGAAGACUCGCAUGGAGGCCAGGACUUGGGAACAGCUGCUGCUCGUUUUGCUACAGGUUACUUCCGUGAUCCUGCAGAACUCCCCACCAAACGCCAAAAAGAACAACCUAGGCGGUCGCCUAGCGCAACCCAUCUUCCAAACUCUGAUCGUGACUUGGAUCCGGGCUCACACCAACGUCGUCGUAAAUCCGGGUCUGUGGGACAAGUUCCUCAAGGUGUUGUCAUCGCUAACCCACCGGGAGGAGCUGAUCGUCGAGUGGGACAAAACCAUGCAGACGCUGACGCGGGUUCUGGCUCGCCAGGUGUACAACAUAAACCUGUCGGAUCUGCCGCUGGAUCGCCUUGCCGAGCAGAAGGGUAAGCGAAAGCGUGGAACGCCUUCCAACUGGACCCAGAGCUCCACGGUGAGUCAGAAUGACAAGCCGGACAACAUCAUCGCUCAGUGUAUCAACAAUGGGAAAACGUCCGCUGAAGAGGUGUCCGGUGAUGAUGGUCGAGUUCCCGGACAGGGCCAUUCGGUGAGGUCGAUUCCAGGGACGCCUUCGCUGAACCGAAGUUACAGCGAAGGUAGUUUGGCACCCUUCAGGAAGUCGAGAGCUCGGCGGAGAAUUCGCAACAAGCAUCAGGGGCAGAAUUCACAACAGCACGUGGCGGCGCUUCCGAUGAAUGUUGAACACUCCUUGAACCGCAUGCUGUCGCACGCAGGGGGCGGUCUAAGUAUCAGCAAUGAAAACCUGGACAUCUCCAGGUUUUCGCAGUGUGACGAAUCACUGGUAAUGGGCGUUCCGACGCUGCGGAGAGCUCUGUCUCUGGAUUCGAUUCGGCCUAUGGCGAACAAGAACCGGGGAAAUGUAGGCAACGAUACGGACAGCUACCGCUGUGGAUCCCGAAGUCCAUCUCCGACGGCAUCCAGUGGAAUUGAAAGUGGUUCGAUCAAGGAUUCUCCGAUGCAGAUCGACGUACUGACGGCAGAUAACUCCAGCAUCGACACACAAGAUGAGAAUAGUGCCGUCUCGGCUGACAGGAGGUCUAUUCUGGCGGGAGGGACAGCUCGGGGUUGGCUUCCAGAUGUAGCAGCGGUGAUGUGGCGGAGAAUGCUGGGAGCUUUGGGUGACGUCAACAAAAUUCUGAACCCAAAGCUCCACGCCCAGGUGUUUCAGUACCUUGUAAACAUGACAGAGAGUUUGAUCAAGAUUCGGAUGAAUCAAGGCAUAUCUCUCGACGGUCAACCGAUUCCUGUCCCGCAGAAUCUGGUUCCGCCGGUCGCCUUGGUAGCUCCCUGGUGCUACGGAGCACUCACCCUAGAUGGGCAGUACAGUCAUGGAAAGCUGUACGCUAUGCAGCUGUUAUGUACAAUCGUCAAAAGUGGAGCGUGCUUGGGCAACAACCAGUUCCCAUUGUUCUACCAUGCCCUCCAUCAAGCCCUCUCCGGAGAGGACCGUGCAAUGGCCUACACUGCGUUACGGUACCUUGGUGGGCCCAGAUUUCUUAGCCUACUUCUUCCCGGGCAUACCCUUCUUCUCCUAGAUCUAGUACACGCAUCUACAAUUGUCCUCACAUCUUCCGAAACGGGUUCCCAUGCUCCUAGGGCACAAGUGGCUGGUCUUCUCGGUUCCCUCCUGUGUUUCCCCAAAACAUCCCUUCCAGGCCCUGUCCUACAACCUUCCGAGCCUAACAUCGACCUCAUGGAAUGUCCCGAUCUCCAAGAGCACGUACUUAACAUAGUUCUGCGUUGUGCUCGUCGGGAACCUACAGCCAAAGCACGCUCCAUCGCCAUUGCAUCUCUCGGUCAGUGGAUCCUCCAAAACCUUACAAAUCCGUCCAAUCAGUCCAACGCUCAAACAUCCACCGCCGAGUCCUCCUUCAAACAGCGAUUCCCACAACACCACUCCAGCUCUCCAAACCAAUCCCGCGAAGACGUUGCCGUAAACCCCCGUAUACGAGAGGCCUUCCAGGUGAUCCUCCAAGCGCUACAGUUCAAACACCGCACCAUCGCACGACUUGCAUCCGAAACGCUGAAGCUCUGCGCCGAACAAGGCCGCCGAAUCGAACGGAUAGAUCGUCUACCGCAGCUCAUCAUCGACACCCUCUGCCUGUCCCUUGAAAUCCAGAACGUUCCGCAUCCCAAGGAGUCCGACAAAACCGUAUUGACGUCCCUGCUCCUAACGCUCGGCGAAUUCUGUAUGUCGUUCUCCGUGCAAACCCUGCAGCGACCGAAGGCUCCCGAAUCGGACGAACCUCUGAUUCAGGUGGUGUUCAAAGUGCUGUACAAGAUCGCCAUGGGCAUCCACAACGGCGAACGGAUCAAGCUGUUCACAACGGACGAAGACUUCGAUAUGACGAUCACUGUAGACGACGUGCGGGAACAGAGUUCCUCGAUGGAACCCUCAUACCAAACGUCCGAGUCCGUCGCCAGCUGCCAGUCGGCGAUACGCCUCUGUGCCAAAACUGUGGCAAUGCAUUUAAUCACCAACUUGGGCCACUUCCCGAUGGGAAUCGGGGCAACGAGACUGAGUUCGCUUGUUGACGAGCAGGAUGAUCUGACAAGUGGAAGCACAACUACGCUACAGCGGGAGAACUCCGUACUGAGCAAUAGGGACUCUAUGGAUUUGGGGGCGAACCAGGUGCUGGCUUCGCCGAAUUUGCAGCUGUUGAUGCUGAGCUCUGAACUGGUGGCCAGCUUCAUUGAGUUACCGGCGUUGAAGUUACCUGGAGGAGGAGCGACUGCCGGAUUGAUCACGGCCAACAGGCAAGUCCGGUUGCUGCUCCGGGACUUGAAUGGUAAAGCUUGUUGGGAUGCAUCGAUACUGUACAAAGAACCAAGUCCUGCCGGCGAAGACAACAGCCGACUUAUGAAAGACAAUUCGCCAUCUGUUGAAAAACACAAUUCUACAUUCCAACUACGAGGCGGCCAUGGGUCAUCGCGAAUGUUCCCGGGUGUUGCCGCAUCUAUCGAUCCCAUGACUUCUACCGUAGGACUUCCAAUGGCUCCUCUUCGGCACACGCUUCGACAUCGACCCGUCCAUCAGUUACCAGUUGCCAAGGACUUGGCACCUGAUCUGGACCAACUAGACGAUCUGCUGCAGUACAUCGGGUAUACCAGUCCCGAGUGUCUGGAUGCGAAUGGUUCUCCCUUGAAUACGGCUGGCCCGUCACCUCUGGGACCACCCCUAGAAGGUCAAACCAUUUCCAUCAUCCUGAACCAGCGAGCGAUCGAAACCGAGUACAUCGCCCGGCAGAACGCUGCCGUCGGCCUUCUCGGGGAAUCUCCGGCGUACAGCUUUGGCGGAUCCGUUGGCUACACUUCCUUUAUCGAUGACAGCGCCGCUCCAACUGCGAUCGGAUCCAGCGGAACACUGGCAGCAAGCCGGUUCAACACUUCACAGACCGGAAGCGAUCGGACAACGACGAGUAGUAGCAACCUCGAUACGAAACCAUUCCAAUUCGGACGAAUCCUGUUCAGUCAGCUCGGACUUGCCGGCUGGGAACGUCGCAAGCGGACCCAUCUGCUGCAGCGAACGGACAAGCUGCUUCGGGAACUGCGCAAUCUGGACAAUCAGAAGUGCCGCGAAACGCACAAAAUGGCUGUGAUCUAUGUGGCCAACGGGCAGGAAGACAAGAACAGUAUUCUGCGCAAUUCCUGUGGAAGUAGCACUUACGAGAUGUUCGUGUCUGCGCUGGGAUGGGAGGUUGAGUUGGAGUCUCACAAUGGGUUCUUGGGAGGACUUCCCCGACAGGGAUGCGGCCAAACGGCACCGUACUAUGCGACGCCCUUCCUGGAGGUGAUCUACCAUGUGUCGACUCGAAUGCCCACGGACACUCCGGAAGCGAUUCUGAACAAGACUCGGCACCUGGGCAACGAUGAGGUGCACAUCGUGUGGAGUGAACACAACCGGGACUACCGAAGGGAUAUUCUGCCGACGGAGUUCUGCGACGUGCUGAUCGUGAUCUAUCCGCUGAAGAGCGGCCUGUUCAGGGUGACGGUCAACAAGAAGCCGGACGUUCCGUGGUUCGGUCCGCUGUCCGACGAGGUCGUGGUGGGUGGCUCCUGUUUGGCCAGUUUGGUUCGGGCAUCGGCGAUCAACGCGAGUCGCGCCAAGAGGACUUCCCUGUCGCUGUACCAGCAGUAUUAUGAGGAACGGAAUCGUUCGCUGGACACGGUGGCGAUGCGCCACAAGGAGAACAACACAUUCGAGGACUUUACGGCGCGGAUAUUCAGUCCGAUACCUCCACAGGGCACGGUUACCGGCGGCGGUAUGGCGUUGGGUGGCGCUGGAGGAUCGGCGGCGUUGAAUGCUCCACUGGCGGCGGCACUGAUCGAUCACCACAGCCGGACGUCGUCGAAAACCUGGAUCCACCACCCGGAAAUGGUAGCAACCGCCCGGGAGGUCACCCAGCAGACGGUCAUGGCCUCAAGCGGAUCCUCCCUGGAUCAGCCCUCGCCUCGACCCCUCCGUAAACUGCACCACACGUUCAAACCGAGCACUUCGACGGCGAAGCAACCGCCCAAGCUGUCGUCGGUCGCCAUUACGACGGUACCCACCGGUGGAGCGGGUGGACUUCCCACCGCCCUGUCCCAUCACCACUACCCGUCGUCGAGUGCUGCCACCCCGCCGGAGAGCCCCACCCUGCCGGGCCGAACCAAGUUCAAAUGAGACUGGUGGUAGCUCCUGGCCAGUACCAGCAGCGAGGAAGACCUGUACCACACAGAUCCGGCUUCACCGGAACACCUGCAGCAGCGGCAACCGCAUCCGCCGGCGGCGCACCAUCCCCACCACCAUCAGUAUCAGCCGGUGCGGGGCGCCAUGGAAAAGGUUGGUAUUUCCGGUUGCUUCUGCGGCAAGUGAAUUCCGGACUUGUUGUAGCUUUAAAUCACAUCCACACACAUACACUUACAGAGUAAAGUAAUCAAAAAUCAAGUAUCAAAAAUACGAUUGUGAGAGAUGAUGGCGUCCAUUUAUUUUCUUUUAUUAUUAAUCAAACCUAACUAUAGUAACUUUAUUGACACUGAUUUAUCGUCGUCCUGUUUUUUUUUUUGUUUAAUUUUAUAACUCUUUUAAGUUUUGUUGUAUUCUAUUUAAACCAUUAUAUAAUCUAUUUGACAAGUUACAAAUAACAUCCAUUAAGUUAGUUGAUAGCUUUAACGAAGAAAAACACAAUAUUCUGCGAAUAAAAAGUUCUAGCACACUCCAAAAGAAAAUCCACCCUUUAAUGAAGUAUUGUAGGUUAAUGUGGUUACAAGAAACAUUUUCUGUUCCUCAAAGCAAGGAAUUGUAUUUAUUACUCGAGGCAACUGUUUUCCGUUCGUUUUUUUUCCAUACGUCCUUUCGCAAACCGAAUGUUAUUUAUGAAUACAAACAAAACGUGGAGAUUGGUGAAAAAAUCCUCCAACUAAACUGAUGUUAAUCUCUUUCUAAUUAAUUCGAAACACACGUAGAUAAGAACGAUUAAUAUGUCUAUUUAAGUGACAAGAUAAUGCAGAAACCCUAUUUAAUUCGAAUUGAGAAAUGUAGACGGAGAGCGAAAACGUGGUGACUGGAAGAUUUAUACCAACCGUUAUUAUAACGCUGCUAGUAGGUAUGAGAAAACGAAAUUUAGCAAGGAGAAACGUAGACAUUUUUGAUAAGAAUCUUUGAAACAAGCGCGAGCUCGAUUGAAAAAAAGUAAGAUAGAACUGAACAAGAGUAUUUUUGGCUUUCGUUUUUACCAAAUUCUUACACUUUUUGCGAUAGAGAAAACCCAAAUACAAAAUCAAGCAGCUAAAACAUAACCUUACACUUACUACUGCUACAGAGUUAUAAAAUGACGUUCGAUGAUAAUUCCAACAACAGUUUGUAAUUUGUUAACAUUUCACCACAAAGUGAUGGAAAUACAAAAUCAGAAAAAAAAAACGUAACUUCAAUAAAACCUUUACGGCAAAUGAUUCCCAUCAUCAGGCUGAAUGAA